GUUCAGUUACGUCGUUUAAUUCCUCCAAGGACUAUAAAAUAAAAGUUUGACUUUCCUAAACGCAAAGGUUAGAUUUCCCCACAAAGACGUCCACUUUUCCGUUUUAGAAUCGUCCCUCCGAAAAUCAUGCCACUCGCCUUUCGCCGUCCCUCACACACUCAUCAGUCGUCGUGACAGUCGGUUGUUUGUCAAAAUUCAUCACUACAUGUCAGUGAUCGAAACAAAAUUUUUCGUAUGAAACUGCCGGAUCUGGCUUAAGAAUGGCCCAUCUGUACACAGCAUAUCGGUGCAAUUUAUGCUGCGAGAUCCCGGAAGCAGCUCCCAUUUACCACUGUCCCAACAGACACCAGUACUGCCAUGAGUGCUUUCGAAAGCUGCAAAGGCUCUAUCGCGGUAGCAUUGAAGCUGGAGGUUCGUGUCUCAUCUGUCGAUAUACAGGAAAAUUCGAAAAGAGUGACGUCAAUACCGAGUUUUUGAAGAAGUUAAAAAUGAAACCUGGCAUCGGUCGACCGUUCAGGUACAACCCCAAGAAGCUCUAUCGCGUUGACAGCGCGGGGGUUAAACACGUGACGUACUCUGAACACUUGGAAAAAGACCAGGGGGAUGGUUUCUCUCAGAAGAACUCUCGAAUGUCGAGAUGCGUUAGCGCCACUGCGAUGUCCAGACGUCCUUUAACUUGCCUCCACGAUGGGUGUAGAAAGUCCGUGGCGGUUUCCUCUCUGGUGAGCCACUUCAAGCACGACCAUGGAGCGGUACCAUGCUUCGGGAUUGAAAGGGGAAGAGAACUGCGGCUGGUAUUCGAUGUGUCUUUAGUGGAGCACGAACGGACUUUUUGUCUAGCACUCAUAACAGCGUAUGAAUUUAGUAACAUCGAUGUGGUACGCUCAAGGAGUUCGCAGAGUGUUAUCAAUACUUGCAAUAGGUUAUCAGGGAAGGUACCACUUAAUACGUUCUGGUUGAUGAUGAGCGGAUCGACCGACCAUCGCAAAAACAACUCGUACGUGGUUUUCUGGUUGUAUUCGAAUUCGGAAGAUCGAUAUUGGUGUACUAUAGAGUUGUCAUCCAAGAACGAUAAGAUCAGUGUAUCGAGCUUUUGCAAUGCUGUUGGAUUGCACGAAAGCCGGACCGUUGAAGAAGUGGCAAAGAAUAUGAAUUGCCUUUUUGUCAGUCACGGCUCUUUCGUCGCCCUUCUCGGAGAAGGCGAUAAGAUUAAUUUAAGGAUCACGAUACACUAGAUAUAAAUUAUCAGUUGAUCAGUAUUAGUUUUACUUAAAUAA